AUGGCCUCCGUCUACCCCGGCUAUUCUCACUCGCAGUGUCACUACCAAGUGUAUACUCCCCCAGCAACACCGCCUUCUGAGUGUCGAUACCUGAGCAGCAACCCUUUCAGAACUCCGCGAGAAAACACCAAGAUGUCGUUUUUCGGAUCCAUCAAAGGAAAGUUCUCGAAGAAGACCUCCAACAACCCCUUCUUCAACGAUUCUAAGGAUGCUCCUUCGGAUCCGCCUCCAGCAUACACCCAAGAUGCUCCACCUGCCUCUGAGGCAUCUUCCGCUCUCGACAUUCCCCGUGCCCCUUCUGCAGCCUCUAGUAGGGCGAGCAGGAUUAGCAGGGACAUGGUCACGAAUGACGAUGACCCGUAUGCUUUCCUUACCACCUUCGAUACCAUCUUCCUUAUCGAUGACUCGUAUUCUAUGACGGGUUCAAGGUGGGAGCAGGUCCGGCAAGUUCUCAAAACAAUCGUCCCGAUCUGCACCAAGCGGGACAAGGAUGGCAUCGACCUCUACUUCAUCAACCACAUGUCCAAGAAUAGGGGAGACGCCGGCGAGGGCAAGGCUGAUGGUGGCUACUACAACAUCACCAACCCGGACGCCGUCACCAAGAUCUUCAACGGCACCCGCCCCGCCGGAUGCACCCCCACCGGCCAGCGCCUGAGGAGCAUCCUGAAGCCUUACCUUGCCCAGCUCGAUGCGGCCGGGGACCCAGAGGCUGUGAAGCCCAUCAACAUCAUCGUCAUCACCGACGGAGUGCCCACGGACGACCCGGAGAGCGUCAUUGUGCAGGCCGCCAGAAAGCUCGACGACCUCGACGCCCCUCUGUACCAGGCCGGCAUCCAAUUCUUCCAGGUCGGCAGCGAACCCUCCGCCAGCAAGUCCCUCAGGGAGCUUGACGAUGAUCUUGUCAAGCAGGGCGUCCGCGACAUGGUGGACACCUGCUCAUGGAACCCCAACGGCGGAAAGGGGGCGGCCAGGGGAGAACUCACCGCAUCGCAGAUUCUCAAGGCCGUCCUUGGAGCCGUGGUGCGCAAGAUUGACCGGGCUUCUACCCCAUAG